GGCUGUUCCGGACACUCAGGCUGCCGGACUCCGCCCCUCUGCCGUCAAUAUAAGUCAAACUGGUUGACCCCGCCUCCCUGUACUGAGAUACCAUUAUGAAACCUUAGUGGAUCACAACACAGACAACCGCAAUUCUGCACUUGAUACACUCUCAGCCAUGCUUCGUGUCACCACAGCCAUUUUCCUCUCCACCUGUAGGAGGAUGAGGCUGCUACUCUCCGUCCCUGCCUCCACACUGGCUCCCCCCAACAAGAACUCUGAGAACCAGCUCACUGUUAGCUCCCUGUGCAACCUGUCUGUGGACAUUCAUAAGAUACGCAGGUUUAAGGCCUGGGUUCUGUCUGAAGGUUCUGCUUACGUGCGUGAAACAGCCGAUCUCCUGAGGGACAUGGGCGCAGACCAUGAGGUCAUCGCCCGCAUCCUGGAAACUCACCCGGAGGCCUUCCUGUGCCACCCCGAGGACGUGGCUGCCCAGAGAGACCUCUGGUUGUCAGUGUGUAGCUGCAAGCAUGAACUGGUCAGCAUCGUGGAGAAGUUUCCUGCUUCCUUCUUCACCCUGAUCCACCAGAGGAAUCAGAGAGACAACAUCCUCUUCCUUCAAAGCCUUCAGCUCAACAAGGGACUCAUCAGGAAGAUGAUGACGAGCACUCCACAGAUCUUCAGUCGACCGGUGGAAAGCAACCAGGAGGUCAUUACAACACUCAAGGAGGUAUACCUUGAGCUCGGUGGGAACAAUGUUGAUGUGCAUUUUUGGCUGCAAGUGCUGCUCAGCCAGAACCCGUGCAUCCUCCUGCAGCCGGCCCAGGUCUGGAGGGACAUUGUAGGUUUUCUAAAGGAGCAGGGCUUCACCACCGAGGAGCUCCUCAGCCUGGUCUCCAGCCACAGAGCCCUGGUAGCAGAGCUGCAGCCUGAAUCAAUGUGGCUGAUGCUGGCGUUCAUAGAGAGCGCUCUGGACUGCUCCAAAGUUGAACUCAAGCACAUUGUGAUUCGCUGCCCAGACAUUUUGUUCUACUCCUUGCCCACCAUGAUGGGGCGCUUCCAGGCUUUGAUGGACUUUGGCAUCAGCACGAAGCAGGUGAAGGAAUCUCCAAACGUCCUGGAGCUCAGCACACCGGUGGUUCUGUAUCGCAUUCACAAGUUAGCCUCCUACGGGUACGACGUACGAUCAAGCAGCUUGGACUAUAUUCUGGGAACCAACACGGACUGGGCCAAACUGAACCUCUGAAACUAGAGGUCGCUCUUUACACAUGAAGCCUCAAGGAAAGUCAUUGAAGACUAAUUGUUAAUAACUCAAAGGUAUUUUGCACACAAGUUGUUCACUGUUGGUUUGUGAAUUGUAUGAAGGGCUCAGAAGUUAAAAACUUCAUCUUCCUGCAAAAUGAAAAAUCACAUAUUGUCACACACCAACUGUGUUACUGCCAAAACUAUCUAAACACCACAACCAAAGGCUGCAAAUUGUAACGAAGAUUUUCCACUCAAGGCUAAGGUUGUAGAAUUUACUUCCAAUAAAUGACAGAAUCUUUUUAUAUGGUUAAAUAUGGUGCUGAUUCCAUCACCAGUUGGCAGUUUGUUGUAUUAAAGACAAAAAAAAUAACCCAACAAGCUGAACUUAAAACUGAUUAACUGUUAUUUUUCUUAGGAAGUUCCUUUUUGGCAGGCAAUAAAUAAACAAUAUGUUUGUUGUAGCCACUUGUCAAAAGAAAAACGAUUGCAUUUAGUGGACACAAACAGUGACAAGCUGGAC